UCCUCUUCCUCGUCCUUUCAGUCAGUGUGGCGCACAAUAGCGUCAGAGUCACACACUCUCCCCUCUCAGCGCAAUCGAGGACACUUCGUUUCUUUUUUUUUUUUGGGGGGGGGGACACUUUUACUCUCUGGCUUCCAGUGGGAAUUAACUGCGUGCGCCCAAGCUUUGCGUCGUUUGCCACAACGCGGUGAUUUUAUAUUUUGCUGAGUUUACUUUGGGAAAACCUUGGAGGCAAACAUGCCGGAGAGGAUCAGCAUUUCGGACUUUGUGGUUCUGACCAAUGAGGAUCUGUCGUCGCCGGCCACGUCCACCUUUCAGGCCAAAAUGAACGACUGCAGGAGCACCGUGUCCGCCGUGGAGGAGUCACUGGAGAUGGAUCACCUGACUCUCCAAAAGAUGAAGAAGAUGAUCAAAGCCAUCCACAACUCCGGAAUCACUCACAUCGAAGCCAAGGAGCAAUACACUGAAGUCCUGGAGAGGCUGGGCAACAGCCACCUGAGCCAGGACAACAACGAGGUCUCCACGGGCUUCCUCAACCUGGCCGUGUUCACCCGAGAAGUCACGGCCCUGCUCAAGAAUCUGGUGCAGAACCUCAACAACAUCAUGGCCUUCCCUUUGGAAAAUGUGCUGAAAUCAGAGCUGCGCGACAGCAGAUUGGAGCUGAAGAAACAGAUGGAGAGGAGCUGGAAAGAGUACGACUUAAAAAUAGCAAAAUUGGAGAAGGACCGCAGGGAAAAGAGCAGACAGCUCAUUCGGACGGAGGGAUCGGACGGAGGGGAGGACAUGGAGAGGGAGAGGAGGACCUUCCAGCUACAGAUGUGCGAGUACCUUUUGAAGAUCCAGGAGCUGAAGGUCCGUCAAGGCCCGGAUCUCCUCCAGAGCCUCAUAAAGUUCUUCCAGGCCCAGCUCAGUUUCUUUCAGGAUGGGCUGAAAGCUGCAGAAAAUAUUGCUCCCUUUGUGGAGAAACUGGCUUCCUCGGUUCACACGGUACGACUAGACCAGGACGAGGAAGUCAAACAACUCACUCAGCUGAGGGAUUCUCUUCGCUUGCUCCUGCAAGUGGACGGCAAAGAGGAAUAUCUAAACAGGAAGAACUCGGGCAACGGCUACAGCAUCCACCAGCCACAGGGCAACAAGCAGUACGGGACUGAGAAGUCGGGUUUCUUACUCAAAAAGAGUGACGGGAUCAGAAAAGUGUGGCAGAAGAGGAAAUGUGGAGUCAAAUUUGGCUGCCUUACCAUCUCUCACAGCACGAUCAAUCGACCACCGGCCAAGCUCAAUCUCCUGACCUGUCAGGUGCGACCGAACCCGGAGGACCGCAGAGCCUUUGACCUAGUUACUCAUAACCGGACAUACCAUUUCCAGACAGAGGACGAGCAGGAAUGUGUGAUCUGGGUGUCGGUGCUUCAGAACAGCAAGGAGGAGGCCCUGAACACGGCACUGGGAGGAGAUCAGCUCCACCUCCAGGACAGCGGCCUGCAGGAACUUUCCAGAUCUAUUAUCAGCGAACUUCGCCACAUGCCCGGCAACGAGGCCUGCGCUGACUGCGGCGCACCAGAUCCAACAUGGCUGUCCACUAAUCUCGGCAUUCUGACCUGCAUCGAAUGCUCGGGGAUCCACAGAGAACUGGGUGUCCACUACUCCAGGAUCCAGUCACUGACCCUGGACCUCCUGAGCACCUCUGAGUUACUGUUGGCGGUCAGCAUUGGUAACACAAGAUUCAACGACUUCAUGGAAGCAGGUCUUCCAAGUGAUACUAUCAAACCUUUGCCACAGAGUGACAUGAAUGCCAGAAAGGAGUACAUUGUCGCAAAGUACGCCGAGCGCCGCUACGUCCUGCGCAGGGAAGCGACGGAACCCGGCCAGCUGUACGACGCUGUGAAGAGUCGGGACCUGAGCUCUCUGCUGCAGCUCUUCGCCGAGGGAGCAGACCUUACCAGACCGCUCUCGGCGAACGACGGGCAUGGUCUGAAAGAAACCUCUCUUCAUUUGGCCGUGCGUCUGGAAGAAAGAAGCUCUCUGGCUAUCGUGGACUUCUUGUGCCAGAACAGCAACUGCUUGGAGAAGAGGACAGCGGAAGGCAACACAGCUCUGCACUACAGCGUCCUCCAUCACAAGCCCGAGUCACUCAAGUUGCUCCUCAAAGCCAAGGCUACUCUUCACAUAGUGAACUCUGCAGGAGAGACUGCCCUUGAUAUCGCCAGGAGGCUGCAGCACACACAAUGUGUUGAGCUGUUGGAGCUGGCGCACAAUGGGAAGUUUAACUCUCAGAUUCACGUGGAGUUCAUGUGGGACACUCAAGCUCAGGAAAUCUACGACAGCGAGGAUGACCUGGACGAGAGGGUGAGCCCAAUACCCAAGAACCGCUCUACGGCCGCCUCCAACGGAGGCGUCGGAUCCCGCUGUAGUGUGGUGAGCAGCGCCAGUGGUAACCCAGGCAACAGACCUUGUCAGACCUACGAGAACCUGGAGUUCCUCUACAGAAAUCCCCCAGCCAACAGUCCCCCCUCUGGCCUAGCAAUGCCACCACCGCUGCCUGCUAAAUCCACCCCUAAAGGUCGCUCCGACCCUCAGCUCCCGGUCACAGUGCCGGAAGUGAACCUAAACCCUCCAAGACGUGCCUCAAACCCGUCCGCCAACACCUCCGGUUUCCAGACCCAAGCCCAACAGAGCCCCCCUUCACCCAGCAUAGAGAAUCAGGCCCCGGGUGGCAAAACACACAAGGGAAGCGUGCUGAGGACUCAUAGACAUUCUGGGGAAGUGCAAGCCGGCACUGGUUCUGCCUCUCAAAGCACUUCCACGUCCUCCCAGAACCACAUUGGGCCUGUCAGUUCCGAGAAGACCACAUCUUAUCGUCGCACGUGCAGCGGAGGAGGCAACCAGGGCAAGUGUGCCGCGUUGUCUCCCACCAGCAACCAGGAGGAGCCGUAUUGUACUUUGGGGGGAAAUUGCGCCGGCUUCAGCCCGGUACCCACCGCGGUUGCCCCGUCUUCUUCGCCGGGUGUCACCUCUGCCCUUCGACCACGCCGGAACGCUAUGGUUUCGGGCAACAGGCACCAACAGAAGCGGGUCAAGGCGUUAGUGGACUGCAGACCCGCCAAUUCGGAGCAGUUGACCUUUUUCAAAGACGAGACCAUUGUGGUCACGGUCUCCGCUGAUCCCCACUGGUGGGUUGGUUACAUAGAAGGGGACUCGUCCAGGAGCGGGACCUUCCCCGUCAACUACGUCCAGAAAGUAGCAGAUUAAACACGUUUGCGAAUGACGAACUGAGCCAGCGUCGGAUGCUCGUUGGCAUGAUUACGUUAUAGCGGUCAAGUGGACUUUUAUGCUGUUUUCCGAUGUGGAUUUGCUCAAACUGCAACGUGGUGAGCGAAUUCUGGACACUCCCGGGCAGAGACUACACAGUAUGAUUUGAAAUUCUCGACCAGGAAUAGAAAACUCUCAAAAAUCUUAAUGAACACCUCGGUCCUUAUAUUGAACUUUUUUCAGUUGACUAAAAUGUUUGUAUUAACAGGUACGGCAGUCGGCAUACACAACCAUUUUUCCGUAACUUGCCGGGCUAAUCUCUUUUUUAAAAUGCACUUUAAACUCACACGGAAGAAUUCCUCAGAAAUGGGUGUUCGUAUCUCAAAAGGCCAGCUGCUGUCUCAAGAAGUUGCUAGCUGCUGUUAUGAGCUUAAAUGGGAAUCGUGUUUUGUGCCUGGAGUCAAAAAUAGAUGUAAACUAACAGGGUUAAUUAAGAGACUAUUGGGCUGGAUUUACACUAUAUGGUCCAAGUGCCCAAUUGAGACUUAAUGCUUCUAUCAGAUUCAUCAUUUUGCUAUAGUUUUGUUUAACAGGGAGUGUUUGAUCAUGUUUAUUUAUGCAGUUUGGACCGAUGUUGGUCUGUAUAUUUUACUGAUCAGUAUAUUUCAAUAAUGGGGGCACGUAGCUGAUACUUAUCAGACUUUUAAUCACAUUUGGAAGAGGCCCGAUUCCAUUCUGAAGAUAUACGAUUCCAUGCAUAUUUUUUGCCCCCGUUUUUGCUGCUUUGGCAUAUUUGCCAAUUGUGUCUCUUGAGUACAAAAAGUCGUAAUUGUGUCAUUUGAACCAUGCAGUGUAAAAGCAGCCUCAGGAAUACUUAUUGAUAUUAGUGAUCAGUGAAGAUAUUUACUGGAGGUUUGUGUGCAGCACAAACACGCAAUUGCACAUAUUGUACAUAUUGUAACUAGCUUAUGGUAUUUCGGAAGUUUUUUAUAUACUGACAUAUAACUAAAAAACUUGUAACUCAUGUCAUGGGGAUUACUGUACAUGUUAAUUGAUGUAUAUACUUGUCUAAAAUGCCCACUGAUGUGCGUGUGUUCGUACUUCUCCCCUCGCCCGCCACACUAUUAGAUCCACUUGUACAUUGUUUAUUUUUAAAAGGAAUUAAUACAGUCUGUUUUGUACUGUG